AUGACAUCAGGGUUCAAACAAUGGAAAAGUGCCCAUGAAGUGCUAUCUAGGCAUGAAAAUUCCAAACAACACAUUGAUUCAUUGGCAGCGCUGUGUUCACGAAAAUCUACUGGUCAGAUUGACAUGAAACUUGUAACGCAAUAUGAAAGUGAAAUUCAGUACUGGAGACAAGUACUUCACAGAAUCGUGAGUGUGGUACAGUUUCUUUGUAUUCGUGGUCUUCCGUUUCGGGGUAGAACUGAAGAGGUUGGUUCUCCAAACAAUGGGAAUUAUCUCGGGUUGCUGGAGCUGUUAAAUGAAAUAAAGACAGCGAAAUAUUUUUCUAUAUCUGUAGAUUCGACUCCAGAUGUUUCACAUGUUGAUCAACUCACAAUCGUUAUUCGCUUUGUACAAGACACCGGACCUAUUGAGCGCUUCUUAAAAUUUGUACCAAUGUUUUCACACACUGGUUCGGAAAUAGCUAAUUUAAUACUAACAUUUUUGGAAGAAAAUGGAAUUGACAUUAAAAAUUGUCGCGGUCAAUCAUAUGACAACGCGUCCAACAUGAGCGGCAAGUAUAACGGCGUUCAGGCUAAAAUCCGGGAGAAGUGUGACGUAGCAUUGUAUGUACCGUGCACAGCACAUUCACUCAAUUUAGUUGGGAACUGCGCAGCUGAGUGCUGCCCCACGUCAGUUGGGUUUUUUAAUCUCCUUCAGAGCCUUUACUCUUGGCUUUCUGCAUCUACCCAUCGUUGGCAUAUACACAACAAGCACAUGAAUGGAUUGCCUGUUGCUGAAGCUUUGUCGGAAACCAGAUGGUCCGCUCGACAUGAUGCUGUUAAGGCUUUAAAUAGAGGGUAUAAGGAAAAUAUAUCGGCUUUGGAGGAGUUAGCAGCCGAUGAAAAUCAACCUCUUAAAUGUAGAGCUGAAGCUGAAGGAUAUCUUAAAAGUUUACAAAAACUAGAAACAGUAAUAUUAUUGGAGGUAUGGGAUACAAUUUUAGAGAGAUUGCAAAAAACAAAUAUAUCUCUUCAAGAAAAAGGUUUAUCUCUUAAUACAGCAGUUAAUUUGUUAAAAUCUGUUCUCCUUUUUAUUGAAAGUCAACGUAAUGAAUUCGCUAGCUUCGAAUCAAAAGGAAAAAUUAAAUGUGAAGUCAAAGACUACACAUAUUCCAACAGACGACCACUAAAGAGGAAGCGACAAUUUGACGAAAGCAAAGUUUCAGAAAUGCAACUUUCUCCUAGAGAAAAAUUUAUGACUGAAGUAUUCAUCUGUGUGAUCGACCACCUAAAUGCAGCUCUACAUCAUCGCUUAGAUUCUUAUAAAACUGUUCAAGAAAUGUUCGAUUUCUUCAGUGACCUGACCAACCUUAGCACUGGUGACAUUACAGGAGCAGCUACAAAACUAAUCAACAAAUAUCCCGAUGAUUUUGAAGAAUGUUUUUCAUCGGAGUUGAUUCAAUUCGCCGAGCUGUUUAAAUCAAUUCAUGGGGGGAAAGAGCAAAACGUCUACAAUGAUAGCAUUGAAUUAGAAAUGUUGAUGUUUUUAAAUAGAUUCAAGUGCAUUCAGAGCUUUCCAAAUGUGCACAUUACUCUUCGAAUUUAUCUGUGUAUGAUGACGUCUAACUGCAGUGGAGAGCGCUCAUUUUCCAAAAUGAAAAAGAUUAAAAGCGAUCUUAGAAGCACUAUGGGACAGCAGAGACUUAGUAUGCUCUCACUUAUGAGCAUAGAAAAUGACAUUGUAAGCUCACUAAAUUAUACAGAACUAAUAGAAGAGUUUGCUAUCAGGAAAGCUCGAAAAUGUUCCCUAUAA